ACUGCAUUGUUUUUCCUCGUGUUGUGCGGCUACAUGUAUAAACUGACAGCAAGGAAACCAUAACCACAUCCGCCGAAAUUACGCAGUAGGGCUUAUUCAGGGCAGUGGAACAUGCAGCGCUGAAGAGAGGCGACGUGUUCUGACUUGCGACGAAGGUAUGCACGUUGACUGUCUGGUGUCUGGAUCUGUGAAGCUUUCUGCUGGUGUCGCUCCGAUCUGCAUGCUUAUCUGGAAACGCCAAAGCCUUCGUCGUUGUCAAGUUCUUCCUCGAAGCCCGUGUCAAUGCGCCUGGAUGCUGUGUAUUACUUGGCGCAAAUGGCUAGCCACCGAAUUCCACGAUGCCAGGCGACAUUCCGGCACUUCAUCUGCUGGUUCCUCAUCUUUGCAGCAUUCGCUGUGUCAGAUUUUUCAAAUGUGCAUGGCAGUUUCCUACCGGACCCUCAUUUCCUCUGUCACCAUAGAACUCUACGGUUUCGGAGGGGUUAUGUCCCCCAGCUCAGUCCUUGCCCCCACGCGAGCACGCACCAUGUAAAAUCCGGCAGUUUCUCAAGCAAGAUAUCCUUUCUAGAGGAGGCGGCGCAGCCGCCGUCUCCAAUUUCUUCUCCAGAGUCGAAGACUGAACUGUUGCUGUCUCUUUCAGUCGGACAUUAUGGAAAAUGGAUGACCGAUGAAGACGAACGAGGUCGGAGAAAAGUAGCCGCGUCGGUUUCACGCCUGCUUCGCUCAGAGCGUCCGAAAAGCAUUUCAGACAGAGUACAAUUCCUUCUUGAUGAGACGGUCGCACCAGACACCGUCUUCGUCGUCGAGUCACUAGAGGGUGUUCCGACCGCGGGCGUUCAGGUACAGGCAUUUCGUAGAGGCAGUCCACUAGCUAGCGGCAGUUACAAUGUGCUUUCAGAGGCUACCCCAGUUCCAGUCCCGUUGCCAACAUCUCUUCUCGUGAGGCCUAAGAGAGGAGAGGUUUCACAGCAAUCUGCGCGCAUGAUGAAUGUCGUUGUGGCUGCGGUGAAAGGCUCUGAGGGACACGCAGCUCAAGUUGAAGAGGGGAAAACAGGCAAAGCUGGUGUGUCGUCAGAGCCCGUAGCCGUGAGAAUAGCACUAUCCGCCCGUUCCAGCUGUGAGGUGGAGGCGGAAGAUGAGUGUCUCUCCUUGGCACGGAGGUACAGCAAUUUAAUGAGUAAACUGCCACCCUUUUCGAGUAGAGAUCUGCUUGAAAAAUUCGGGAUGGUCGUCCCGCAGUUAGUGGGUCAGCUUAGGGGACGGCCAUCGUUACUUCGAAAACAAGGUGAUACAUCGCUGCUAAACUUCGUGCAGAUAAUGCCGCUUAUGGCAUGCGAUCUUAACCAGUUCCGAAUUACGGACCCAGACGCGGUCAAGUUUGUGGUCAAGCGCAUGAUACAGCUACUAGCGUUGUUCGGGGCUGCCGGUCUAGUGCAUCAGGACAUAAAGGCCGAGAACUUCCUCGUCAGCCGGCAAGGUCGCCUGUAUUUGGCGGAUUUUGACGCUGUGGUACGAGAGAACGACACCAUUCAAUGCAACAAAAAACUGAGCCUGUUGUUUUCGCCCCCGGAAGUGCUUCGAUGCUUCUUUAAUACUCCAGAGGAAAAGAUAGCUCUCACCCAGGUUGUAGACUCCUGGAGUCUCGGGAUGGCAGCUUGGGAGGUCCUAUGCAUGAGCGAGCCUUUUGACGGAAUGCGGUUCAGCGAAGAUGAUUUAUAUAAUAUGAAGGUAAUCGCCGCGCUGCCUGAAGGCGGCGACGACACCAGGGCCCUAGACUGGAAUCGUUGUAGAGGACGACCGCCUGCACCGUUGAGGAAGGCUGUUGAAUGUCUUCUCGACAGAAACGCCGCCACCCGCUGCAAGGCCUUGGAUCUGUUUAAAUCUUCACCUCUUUUCGCUGAGGAACGGCCAGUGCCACCGGAGCCAAGUUCAAGUGACUAG